AUGCGCGUAACUAGGAGCAACCAGUCUCAUCAUUCAUUAUCACCAAAAUUUUCGGCUCAUCGCCGGCUUUGCCCCGCCCGCGGCGACGAGCUGGCGGCUCUCAUUUUUGUCGGCCCGGGGCCUGGAAAAGCCAUGACCUCCACCGGCAGCACCGUCGCCAUUGGCGUCGCCGAAAGCGAGGAUUCCGACAUUCAGAACGCUCGUCGAGUCUUCCUCGCCGGGCUGAUACCUAAGAGGUGGCAUAAUUCGUGAGUUUUUCAUUCAACAAGCAUACAUGGGCGGAUCGUUUUUGAAGGCCGUCAAUCCUUCUUUUUAAGUAUUUUCAUUUUAAAGGCACUAUAAAUCUUCUUUACUUGGUCUUUUGGUCAAAUUUUGUAAGCGAACCACUUCUUCUGGACAAACUACUUGCUUCUGUAUUUUAGGAAGGAAAGAUUUCUUAGAAGUUGGUUUUUUUUUGAAGCUGAUUUCGAUAAGUCCUGGAUGAGAUAUUCACUUUCGAUGAUUUUGUCAGCAGCCUUCAAAAAUGGUCUGCUCUGUCUCCUAAUUUCAAAAUUUAAAAAAAAUUUUUUUGAAUUUCGCCUCAUCUUCGAGAUCGCGCAAACUACAAAAAGCCAUGAAAAAAAGACACUAUUUGAAGUUUCAAAAACUCGACUAGUGGGCAAAAGCUAGUAGGAAAAAUUAGAUAAUUUUUUUGUAGUAAUAAAUUAUUAUGAAUUUUUAUGUUUAAAGAUGCAGUUUUUUUAUGAGCUCUACCUUUGUUGAGAUUAUUUUAAAGAUAAGGAACCAAAAAUCUCGCGUUUAACAUAGCUAGACCUAAAACCAAAACCACACACCUAGAAAAUUCAUAAAUCGUGACAAAAAAAGUUGCCCAGGUAGCAAUUAGGAGUUAUACCUCCCUAGAUCUUCCGUUCACCUUUUUUGAUAAAACCUCGAUCCAAAAACGGCUAGGAAAAGCUUGAUAAACGGGCUAUUUGUCUCCAUUAUGACUUCCUAGUUAUACCACUAACACAAUGGGGUUUUUUUAAUGCUCAUUUUUCUUUAAAUUAUGACUAACUUUGAAGCUUCCCAAAGACAACUUUUCUUCAAACUCAUUCUCCUUGUAGAUUAGAACUCUCGUGCCGGUAAAUUUCAGACUGAUAGGGAAAAACUUGAAAAAAUCUCUUAAAAAGGCCACAUCUAAUGAAGAACGCCCAGAUCUCUGAACACGAUCGCCAACGACCUCUACUCCGAGUUCUACGUCUCGUGCAACUCCGGCGGCUGGGAGGACGGCAAAACGCGGACGAUGCUCAGCGGCGCCGAUAUCGUUCUAUUUUUCGUCAACGAGUUCACCCUUCGCGACACGAAUUGCCUUCUGACCCUACAGUACGCCUGGCAGUUGAUGUUGCCGAUAAUUAUGAUGAGGCCACCGAGGACGAAACUUGUCAUUUGUAACCGGGGGGUCGCCAGGGAGGAUAUUGUGUGAGUUUUUCCACUUGUUUUUAAGGCAAAGCGCAAUAUUGUCCGUUUGAAAAUUCGAAGAAGCUUCGAUGAGAGAUACUUCAAGGCACCUUGACUCCAAAAAACCGGGAAAAACUGCCAUUUUUGCCUUUCAGUACUCGAACCUUGGUAACGCAAAUCGGACGUGUCGGGGCAUAUCUAGUGACCAUUUUAGUAGCCUCAGAACUCUUAAGUGAUCCCUAGAAUCUCACAGAAACGUCCGGAGCACGUCCGUUACGCGUUACCGAGGUCCGAGUAGAGUUGUGAAGUUUCCAAAAUGUCCAGGGAUCAACCAAAUGAGUCUAAUUUCAAUUUUGAGGUGCGCGAAUCUCUAAAAAGGCACAGUUUUCUCGACUGAUAUGAAAUCAGGAUGUUUUAAAGCUUCUCUCAAAAAAAAAAAACUCUAAGAAAAAUUCACGACAGUCAUCAAAACUAAUUCAGAAAGAAAGUAUCCCUCUACAAAUUCGGAAAUUAUCAUUUAUUCAACCAGAAUUGCGCAUGGAGCCCUUUCCCGCAAUCCGAAUUCUCACUGGGAACUUCUCGACGACGCUUCUCUCGACGUUAUCGACUACGGCCUCCUCCAAGACUUACUCUACGAAGUGAGUUGGAAAAUGAGACCAGAAGUCUAAUAUUCAACUAUUCGUAAAUGACUUUAAGGGAUAUAAGAUCUCCAUCGUAUAUGACCGUCUGGAGCACACCCGAUGCAUAAAGCGGAUAAAACAACGACUUAUCAGCGUAAUCACCAACACUUCGUUGCCCGGCGGAAGUCGCGUCGACUCAUCCAACAGCUUAACUCAGCCAGUUUUCUACUUAUCUCCGACAAAUGACUCGACAACUUCGCUGUCCCGACGGGCCAUGAAAGCGAUUCGAGAAGCGGAGAAAGGUGGAAACCACAAUAAAACUUCAAAAUCCAAUCUAAAGUGUAGAGUGUACCUUUCCAAAGUUUUUUUUUUAGUGUUACACUUGUGAAUUUCUACAAAACCGCGCCAAAAAAUCUUUGAAGGUAUACAUAUGGAUUUUUAACAGUCUUUCUUUGCGAAAACUUGGGAUUUUUGAAUCCUGCAUAUUCGUGUAGAUGAAUGAAUGUUGGAUUGGUUUAAUGAUAAAGGCGAAUCCCGACUAAUUUCCCUUUGAAAAAAAAAAUUUGUGCAGGUAGUCUCUCCAGUGUGCGUCAUAAGUAUAGACCCCCCUUACUUGCGCAUUUCCAGACAUUUUCAAGAAACAGGAGAAUUCCUCAGAGACUCAAGUUCAUCCGAGAUCUUUUGCACAGUAAGUUCUCUUCGUACACUCAAAAAGCGUACUCGUCUUGAGACUGAAAAAGUCUCCCGGAAAAAAGAACUUGAUUUAAGAGUAAAUUCGAACAAAAACCAUUCCCAGCCAAUUUAUCUCAAGCUUGCACCAACAAAAUUCCAUAAAGAUAACUCCCAAAGCGUCUUCUCCUAAAUAUCUUCGAACUAGUCAUAUAGAUACGGACGUAACAAUCCGGAAAGCGGAUCGACAGUGAACGUUGCCAAGAUAAUCAGUGUUAAGUCGAGCUGAUCCCGACGCCUCCAUUUCGACACAUUGCCACUUUAAUCAGAGCUUUUCCAGCGAGUAGCGAAAAGCGAUUGGAACUAUCCCAUCCAAAGCUGAGCUUAUCGCAAAGCGCCGGAAGCCUGAGCACCGUCAGAAGUCCCACCACACCACAACGGCUCAAGCAGGGUCGGAAGAACGACCGGAAGAGGAUUGUAAGCUCACAAAGAACGUGCAAAGUGUCCGGUUGAGAAAUCGGGGAAACUUUGCGGUUGGGGGGUUUCAGAAAACUGUUCUUGAGGUACCAGAUAAUUUACCUGAAAGCCUCAACAUGCUCCUAGUUUCCGAGAAGGACACCUAAAAAUCAGAAAAAAUUCUUUAACUCCGUCAAAUAAGAAACUUUGGGAAUUCGCCCAAAAAAAAACUUAAAAACUAGAAAACUGUGUACGUUGAAUCCUUGAAGACUAUAAGCUGAUAAAUUAAGAAGCGUUCUGGCUUUUAAAAAAUUCCCAAGUACGAAAUAAAAUGACCUUCCUUGUAGGGGUUACUUCAAGAUGCUCUGUCUCCAAAUCACUGGGAAUAAAUUGCCUUUUUUGGCUUUUACGAACUCUGAAGCCUUAAAGCCGUCGAUAUUAGAGUUCUCAAAACCAAACGUUCGAACGAACGUUCGACCAAACAUUUUCGAACAAAUGUUGAAACCAAACUUUUGGUUCAAGUUUGCUUUUGAACGUUCAACCAAAAUGAACGUUCAUUUUCCGUUCGUAAAAAAGUUCGUUCAAAAAAUGAACGUUCAUUUUUCAUUUCCAAAAAGUUCGUUCAAAAAAUGAACGUUCAUUUUUCAUUUCCAAAAAGUUCGUUCAAAAAAAUGAACGUUCAUUUUUUUCAUUUUCAAAAAGUUCGUUCAAAAAAAUGAACGUUCAUUUUUCCAUUUUUCAAAAAGUUCGUUCAAAAAAAUGAACGUUCAUUUUUUUCAUUUCCAAAAAGUUCGUUUAAAAAAAUGAACGUUCAUUUUUUUCGCUCGUGAAAAAGUUCGUUCAAAAAAAGUGAACGUUCAUUUUUCCAUUUCAAAACAGUUCGUUCAAAAAAACGAACGUCCGUUUUUAUGUGAAAAAGCAAACGUUCAUUAUUAUAAGAAAACGAUUUUUCGAACUUUUUUUGGUUGAACGUUUGAAAAUGAUAUAUCCUAAACUAUCGAAAAAUGAAAAAGUUCAUUUUUUUCAAACGGUCAUUUUUUGAACGUUCGGUUUUGAGAACUCUAGUCGAUAUCCUUUUACUUCACUAGAGUUCCCACUUUGAAGCGUUAUAACUCUCCUUGGAGCAUACAUCAGCUGGAUCCCACCCCAGCCUUUUGCGCGCGAAAAAACAUUUUUUGAAAAUGUACUGAAGUAGGCCGCACAUUUCGGGGGGUAGGCCACACUUUUUGGGGGGUAGGCCGCAGUUUGAUGGGGUUAGGCCGCACCCCAGGUCCAGCCGACAUAUAUGCCUUGGAGACAGGAGCAAAUUUUCCAACUUAUUAUAGAGCCAGGGUGUCCUAAAGCACUCAGCAGUCAUCAACAUCUCAGCCGUACACCUUUUGCCCUCUUCUUAUCAGCCUUACAUAAAAUUCAGAAAAGUCCACCGCCGUAUCGAACAGCGGCGACCUCGAGCGAGGAGGAAGGCCAAAUCGAUCAAGAGGAUAAAGAAGAGGACGGAGACGAUUAUGUUGAUGAAAUCGAUGCCGAAGUUGACGUAGAAGAUGAGGCUCAAGAUGAAGUCGUGAUACAGACUAAACGCGAAGAAAAAGCUCCGACAAUAGUAAAGCCAGCAAAAAUUGCGAAUCGAAUCUCUGAAUCCACUGAUAGUCGUGCUUCAUCGCUGGACCGACGUUUGAGGCAAUUUUUAACUUUAAAAACCCUUUUUGAAACUCUCUAGAAAUCAUCAAAAACUGGAAAUUUCAGUCUAAGCUGUCUGGAAGACCUCUCCAACUACCACAACACACAGUACAUCAUAUUUCCGUUGAAAAACUCGUCGAAAAAGCCGUAUUUGGUUCGAUUCCCAGAAGAUCUACACGAAGAGGAAAUGAACGAAGGAAGCGUCUGGGGCUCCGACACGAGUUUAGAGGAAGAAGUCAAGGUAAAAAAUUCCCGACUUAAGGUGUCCACUUUUGAAAAAUCCCAGCUAGCCGGUAUGAUCAACGCCGGCGACGCGAUCGACGACAUCGACUCGCCGAUCGGCUCGCCAGCCCCUUAUGUAGGAGAACUGUGA